CACAAUCUGGACAAUUCAGUCUUGAAAUAGAUUAUAUUAAAGCUAUAAAUACCGAGGAAACUGAGGGUGAUUGGCCUCGCAUAACAAAGCCAAAGAAAGAGAAGGUUCAAAUUGAAGCUGCUCUAUGA